ACAUAAACAUAAACGGAUGAAGGCUUGACUUUCUCCGAAUAUUUCUGGUGCCAAAGUCCAGCUGAGCAGCUGAACAUUUGGCUGCCAGAUCAUUGGUCUGUGCGCUCCUCUGAGGCUGCUGCGUGCUGCUGGAUUUGCGCUCUGUCAGGACUUCACGAAACCUUACGGUUGUCUGGGUGUGGAUUUAUGCUCAUCAAUGUUACUGCUUGAACUUCUCUACUUUUACAAACUUCACCAUACACGAUGCCGAGCGGGAACUGCUUCUGUUCGUCCCAGAUUGUUGGACUUUACGCACGACGCGGCAACCAACUUUAGGAACCUGGUAAUGCGGAGGAUACAGGGCAGACAAACAAGGCACUGAGUACAUUUUCAGUUGUUUUGUUUUGGAUAACACUGAUUUGGAAGAGAAUCAUUGUGAAAAUGUAUUGUAGUUUGAAAAGAUUUUGUAAGGCAUCUAAACGUUUUCUCCUCGAAAAAUGCUUCAAAGAGUGAUGCAAAGCUGCACGCAAGUUCAUCGUCAAAUUUUGAUUUUCCUUGACAAAAUCAAGUAGAUACGACACUGCUGAAAAUGCUUUCAAAUUUGCUUUUCACUGACAAUUUCAAUUCUUAGUAUUUGCAUAAAACCAGAUGAGACAUGGCAUUUUUAUUGGAAAAGAGGCAUUUUCAUCUUUUAUUUUUUCUACUAUCGAUUUUGAAAGUAGAAUUUUCUCCUUGAAUUAAGCCAGUUCGGCUUUCAUGCAAUUUCUGGAGAGAUUCUUGUUUUUCUGACGGCUCAAAGAAACAUGUUGCAUAUCCUUGCGCUUCAGACGCUGCAGUUACUUCUUGGAGUAGCUGACUGUCGAGUGUUAGAGGGACUGCAGAGAUAUUCCUCCAUCCCCACAUACCUGCCUGUCCACUACCAGCUGCUUAAUGCUGACUUGGCAUUCUUCCUGAAAGAAGCCAACCAGGACUUCAUGAGGAACUCCAGCCUGAUGUCGCGGACUGAGCCCUUCUUCAUCUACCAGGCGAGAAGUUUGCCCUCAGUGAAUGCCAGUUAUGGACCUCUCUCUGUGGAACAGCCAGUCCCUUUAGAGCUCCUACAGAGCACAGAGAUGUUUCCUGCCUCUUCUGUUUUUACCGUCAACUGGAAGGUGCAGACAUUUAUCAUGAAUACCAAGAUUCACCUAGCCAAGCCCAAAGUCCAGGUUCUGUUUUAUGUUGCUGGUAGGGACUGGGAUGACUACAGCACCACUGACAAGCUGCCCUGUGUACACAUGUUUGCUUUCCAUGAGACCCAGGAGGUGCGUGGCGCUUGCCAGCUCCGGGGGGAGCUGGGUCUGUGUGUGGCUGAGCUGGAGCCACUGGCCAAUUGGUUCAGCCCACCCAGUGUAGUGCCAGGACGCCAGAGGAACUUUGAAGUUUCCGAGGGUACUGCGGUGGAGCUCUAUUACAUGCUGCAGACCACAGAAGCGGGAGAGUGCCACUCAGAGGAGGCCAGGAAGGAGAACUUUAUCCGCUCAAGCCAGGAAGGGUUGUUUGGUUCCUACACCUCAACACCUCUGAGGAGGAUUGGCAGUGUGAGGCUUUACCAGAACCCCACUCCUCCUCCACUUGCUGAACACAGGCUGGAUAGUAAUUUUAUGGUCAUGGUGCCGGCUACACCCAUGAAACAGAGGGAAACAGUCUCUGCUUUUAUCACUGUGUCAGCCUACUCUCCUGUGGAGAUGUUUACUCUCAGAGUGAAGUUGAAUGAAGGAGUGACGUUUCUUGGGGCCCGUCCCAGCAACCCCACUCAGUGGAUAGUUAGCCAGGAUGUGAGGAGCGAAGGCCACCGAGUGGUGACUCUACACUGCCGCAAGAAAGAGUCCAGCUACGAUCAGCAAAGAACUGAGGUGGGAGUUCAAAGGGUGCUCCAGGUGGAUCUGAAAAUGGAAAGCUUCCCAGAGCCGCUGGGUAGCCGCUGGAUGGCCUGGCAGGGGGAGUACCCAGCCAGUCGUGCAGCUACACAGGAGGCUGAGACGGAGAUCCGACUGGCACAGGAGGACCUAGCGGGCAUUGUGCCCCUGGCCAUGGACUCUGAGAUUUUGAACACUGCUGUGCUGACUGGGAAGACAGUGGCUGUCCCAGUAAAGGUGGUGACCAUCGGAAUAGACGCCUCUGUUACUGACGUCUCUGAAGCAGUCAUGUGUCACUCUACAGACGAAGAUGUGGUCAAGGUGUCAGACAGGUGUGACUAUGUUUAUGUUAAUGGAAAGGAGAUGAAGGGCAAGGUGAUGAUGAUGGUGAACUUCACCUAUGGAUACCUGAGUGCCCAGCUGGAGCUCACUGUAUGGAUCCCCCGACUCCCUCUCCAGAUUGAGGUGUCAGACACAGAGCUGAGCCAGAUCAAAGGGUGGAGGGUACCCAUCCAGCCAACCACUAGUCAGAGGUCCACACGGGACAGCGAGGAUGAAGAUGAUGAAGACAAACGAGGACGAAGCUGCACUCUGCAGUAUCAGCACACCAUGGUCAGAGUCCUGACCCAUUUUGUAGCUGAAUCAGCUUAUCCCCGAGGCCAGAUCAACUUCAUGCUGGGCACUGACUGGCAGGUGGACAUCACAGAACUGGUGUGGGACUUCCUGAAAGUAGAGAACCCCCAAAUCGCACAGCUACUGGACAGGAGGAUACUGGUGGGACUUAACAUGGGGAUGACCACUAUCCAGGUGUUGUCUCCUUUGUCGGACUCAAUCCUGGCAGAGAAGACUAUCACAGUGGUGGAUGACAAAGUGACUAUCACAGAGCUGGGGGUCCAGCUGGUGACAGGCCUCUCCAUGAGCCUGCAGCUGAGUCCAGGAAGCAACAAAGCCAUCCUGGCUACCACGACCACACAGGAGGUUCUGCAGAGCCCCAAACAGGAGGCCCUGAUCAGUGCCUGGCUCCAGUUCAGCGAUGGCUCUGUGGCUCCUCUAGACCUGUACAAUCCAGACUUUUUUGUCCUGACAGCCACUUCCCUAGAUGAAGAAGUAGUGACAGUGCAGCAGGACCCCUCAUGGAAAUGGCCUGUCAUUGUAACGGAGGCAGAGGGCCAAGGCCUGCUGGUCAGGGUGGAAAUGACUGUUUGCGAGGUCUGCCAGAAGUUCAAGCGUCGCAGCAUCCUGGCUGCGGGGAACUGUAACAUCAGGGUGAAGUUUGGUCAUGGUGACAGCUCAAAAGGAGGGAGCAACGACUAUGGCCCUGAUGGAGAUGAUGUAGAGAACAGAGGCAGGCUCUCCCCCUCGCAGGACAGGACUGGCCUUGACAUCCACUACUAUGGCAGCUCGGUCUCUGACAUAGAGGAUGGGGUGUUGAGGAGAGCCACUACAACCAGAAGUGCAAUAAUGCGUCGACCCAAUGGAGAUAAACUUUCAGAUGAUGGAAGCCAGAACAUACCAAAUGACUUUGCUGACUUCCCUGCACAAGUGGACCUGCCCCGUGGUCGCAAUAUGGAUGACGACCUCACUCAGACCACUCGCGGGCUCACAGACCUGGAGAUUGGGAUGUAUGCCCUGCUGGGGGUCUUCUGCCUUGCCAUCCUGGUCUUUCUCAUCAAUUGCAUCUCCUAUACGUUGAAAUAUCGCCACAAGGAACUCUCUAUUGAAGGUCAGAACAUGAACCAUGCCCAUGACUGGGUAUGGUUGGGGAAUGAGACAGAGCUACUGGAGAGCCAAAUAAGCCUGUCACCCCAGCAGGAUGAACAGACCUCCAUGAUGGACUUGAGCAGCGGCCUCGAGGAGGGCAGCCACUUGUUGAACGGAGGCUCGGCACAGAAGAACGUGCAGGAACAAGUGCACCGGUCAGCAGACACAGGGUGCAUAGCCAAGGACAGCAAAGGAGACUCACCUACCACCAAGAGGAAGCGAGUCAAGUUCACCACAUUCACCACCAUCCCCUCAGACAGUAGCUAUCCCACUGUGAACACACUGUCUGGAAGCCACAACCAGGACAUUAAGUGGGUGUGCCAAGACAUGGAGCUGGGAGACUCCAAGGAGUUGCGCAAUUACAUGGAAAGGUUAAAUGACAGUGCUUUAAAAGAAGUGGCAUAAUGUACUGUGUGCGCUUGUAACAAACUCACCCUUAUGCCUUUCGAAGGAAAGUGGGUCUGGACAAAAAAAAAACAGCCCCCUAAUCGGUGAAAGAGGAGGACAGAAUCACUUCAGAAUCACCCCAAACUGCCAAAGGGUCAUCAAAUGUAAGAGGAUUGUCAUGAUUCCACAAGUGACUGAUAAUCACUAAUGAAAAAUGUCACUGAACGGGGAUGUGAAGUGGUUCUUUUUCAUUUGUUGGUCAGAUGAUUACCUUUUUUUAUUCAUCAAUUUAUUACUACAGGGUUUAGAUGAUCCCAGUACUGAUCUGCAGCAACUAUGACCUGCGAUAUUCAGACAACAUGUAGAUUUAAAAUGAACAGUAACAUGACUAGUUAGAUGUUCCGAAUGUGUGUGCACAUUAAACGGCUUUGGAAGUUUUGUAACAUUUUGGAUAUUAAUUUCUUACACCAGAUCUAAUUCUGUGGAAGAAUUCUGGAAAGGCCAAAGAGAGUCAAGAGAAAUUCCUGCACGUUGCUGCAGAAAAAAAGGCACAACUUUCCAGUUCAUUUUCAUCCUCCUUAACACGGCAGAAGACAGGUUAUGUAUAUACUGAACAGUCUCCAAAGCAUUGUACUGUUGCUCUGUAUAAUGUAUUUUCAUAACACUUAAGACACAACAAACACAACACAACAAUGUCAAGAGUGUGUAUCAGUUUUUAUUGACCACAGCAUAUUAAGGUCAUUCAUUUCUCACCUCCUAAGGUUAGCCGAGGAAUGUGGCGAAGGAAGGUGAGUCACAUUUAUCUUUAUCAAAACUAGCUUUGUACCAAGCAUAUAUAAUGAGUUACAAUUUACCCAAAAGCCACAACACAAUGCUUCCUUUUUUUGCUGGCCUAUGGAGGAAGGCAGUGGCCAUUAAUACUCACAUCUCAUCUAUUAGAACAUAGAACCCUAACAUGACAGCCAGUGUAUGAAGAGACUUUUAAACUAAAUGGCUGGACAACAUGGUAAUGUGACAUUUCCCACUGACACCCCACCAGUUUAAAGUUUUCGUGAGCUUUGAAGAAAAUGCCAAUUAAGGUCUCUUUAACCUCUGUCCCUUAGUUUCUAGGAAAAGCAUACUGAUAGACGAACUGGAAUGUAAUGUGCUCUCCAUCUCUUGGGGAGCUUGUGGAUACAAAGAGGAGCAAUUACAGGCAAGGUGGAAAAUGUUUUUCUUUCUCUAAAUUGAUCUGUUAUUAUUCAGAUAAUUGCACAAAUAAUAAUCAUCUCUGAAAUCUUCCUAAACAAAGGCAGCCGGCUGAAAAAUAGCAUUUCGCUCAGUGACUGUUAUCAUCAUCACAGCUGUGUUGGCUGAUUGUGUUUUUGUUUUUUUGAGUGUGUGUGGUAUUAUUUCCUGUCAAGCAGAAAAACGUUCACAUUAUGUCAACUGUUGCCGCAGUGUGGAUCAGUUUGUUAAUCAGCAACACUCACAAUAUUAGCCUGAGAAGCUAGAGAAGAGGUGACACCUGAACAAAUGUUAGCACUGCCUUGAGUGUAAUUAGAGUUGCCAUUUAGAUUAGCGCAGUUACAGUAUGUCAACAGUCAGUGUUGAGUGGAGCCACUCCAGACACCUGUGUGAAGGUUUAGUGGCUUUUCUGCAUCUUGAACGAUUCUCUUGAUCCACCACAUGCUGAGCCAGUGGAUUAACACGCCAAAAGAAAUAGCUCAAAUAAAGAGACAACAGGCCGUGAUAGGCAUUAACAUAUUGUAAAUCAG